AUGACGCUUUACAAGGCUAAGGCUAAGCUCCAAGGCUGGCUGUUUGUCCUGAACGUCCCGUUUCCCACUGCUCGACUGGCUACAACCGCUCUCAAGGCCAUUGAGGUGGACCCUGAACUCUCCCCACUCGUCAGGCGACAGCUCACCGUUGUCCCGGCGCCGACGUCCAAGUCAACCCAAGGUUCACCAACUGGUCAAGAUGCAGAUGCAGAUGCAUGGCUCCUCGAGGUUCAGUACAGAGCAACCACCAAUCGAAUGCUCCGUGUAGCUGUCAACGGCUUUAUGGAGAGUUUGAAGCUUUCUGUGGAGGCUAUGGAGCAUCUAGAUGCUGAUGUCCUUGUCCAACAACAACAAUAA